ACUUGGAGCACGAUACGGUUAGGUGCUUACCAGUCUCGUAAUAAAACAAAAAAAAUUCCUCUCUAUUUGGUGGAUUUAAAAAUCUUUUGAAAGCACAUAUUUCAAUGGUAAAAUUUAUAACUAUUUCACUGAGGGGUGUAUUUAAAGCGAUGAAUUGCCUCAAGUUCGAAGGCCCGAAUUGAAUAGAGAACCUCAUGAAAUUGCGUUGAGAAAUCUCUCAUUACGGGUGAAUUUGUUUUUUUUUUUUAUAUACUAUUAUCCCCAUCGGAGGAAUAAAAUUGCAAAAAUUUCCACUCGUAUUGUUUCAAUUGAAUUUCAAACAUAAACCGCCAAACUGGGAGACGGUAGAGGAAGACCUAAAAGAGUCAGGAUGGCUGAAGAAUCUUUACCUCCCACACCUGUGAUGAAGGAGCGUGAGCAGAGACAUUCAUUUCCUAUAAUCACUAAAAUUGUUCAAGUUCUCCUCGCUGUUUUAAUAAUAGGACUUAUUGUGGAUCCAUUCAACUCUCAUCUGAAAAUUCUCAAUUAUCCAAAGAGAAAUCUCGAUGAUGUGGCAAUUGUUUAUAUCAGUGUUGGCGGAUACUUGCUCAUCAAUGGUAUAUUCAUCAUUGGAUAUAUUUUGGGCGACAGAAUUCCCAAAAAAACGUCAAUAAUUUUUUCCGCCGUGGGAUUUUGUCUUCAUAUUGGCGCAGCAAGUGUUAUGGUGCACAAAUGGCGAAAGAUGACGGGUAGCUAUAUCGACUAUCAAAGUAAUAAUGCAGUUUAUUCAAGUAAGCAAUACAACGAUAUGUUGAUAUCAGGGGCUGUAUUUACCUUUAUAAAUGCAAUAAUUUUUGCUGCUGAUGUAUUAAUAACAAUGAGAUUCACAUAAUUUAAUGAAUGAAUGCUGAUUGCUGAUGGAGUAGGCGCAAAUACAUUGGCGUGAUAAUAUAAUAUGUAAAAUAAUGACAGAUUUGAAUAUCUCAAAUUGUUAAAAUGGUUUUGUAGCUUAGAUGCACAGAGCUGUAAUCCAAAGUUUGAAAUAACUCUUAUUCUUCAAUCCGUCCAUGGAUAUCUAAUUAAUAUAGCAUAAUAAAUAAUACGCAUAUAAGAAUCUACAGAUCUUCCAUCACAUUAUUAAUCAGAAUAUUUAUUUCUAUAUAAUUUUAUAAUCUAUCUGAGAAACUCAAUCUAAAUUAAUGAAUACUGGACUUGUGCGUUGAUAAACCUUAGAGCCCGUGACUAUUCCGUCCAUAAAAACUAUGUUGCUAUUAAUGAAGUCAAUAUGCGGUUUAUUCUAAUGAUAACGAUUAUUGCCAUAGAUUUAAUUUUAUUAUCUAAUCUGAAUUUGUAAAAUAUUUGAACAAUAAAUCUAGUAAUUGUCAAUGACAAA